AUGGCGCAACGCUUUCCUUCCGGUGGGCCAAGCCCCGCGGCGCCGCCGCCGGUUCCAAUGCAACCUCAGCAAAGAUACCCAGGGCCUGCACAACCCCCAGGUUCACCAAUGCAGCAAAGACCUUAUUCGGGGCCUAAUUUUCCGCAACAGCAGCGGCCCAGCUUCCCCGGCGCGGUGGGGGGCGGUGCGGCGGGCGCGGGGCCCGGGGGCGCGAGCGUGGGUGCGGGCGGGGGCGGGGGCGGGGCGGCCGGGGGCGGGGCGGCCGCGGCGGGCCCGCGCGCCCCCUACGCGGGCGCAGGCUUCGGGGGCGCCCCUCCGCGCGCGCCCCCGCCCGCCGCCAAGCGGCCGCCCGACACGCGCUCGCAGCUGCCCCCGCAGCACAAGCCGCAGCUCUUCGCGCAAGGGGAGGCGUACGGCGGCGGGGGCGCGGGCGGGGCCGGGCCGCCGGCGAAGCGCAAGAAGCGUCUGGCCGACAAGAUCCUGCCGCAGAAGGUGCGCGACCUGGUGCCCGAGUCGCAGGCCUACAUGGACCUGCUGGCCUUCGAGCGCAAGCUGGACGCCACCAUCCACCGCAAGCGCCUCGACAUCCAGGAGGCGCUCAAGCGCCCCAUGAAGCAGAAGCGCAAGCUGCGCAUCUUCAUCUCCAACACCUUCUAUCCAGGGCAAGGCGACAACGCCGUCGCGUCCUGGGAGUUGCGAGUGGAGGGGCGUUUGCUCGACGAUUCCAAAAACGAUCCCAAUAAGGUGAAGCGGAAGUUCUCGUCGUUCUUCAAGUCGCUGGUGAUCGAGCUGGACAAGGAGCUGUAUGGGCCGGACAACCACCUGGUGGAGUGGCACCGCACGCUGACCACGCAGGAGACGGACGGGUUCCAGGUGAAGCGGCCGGGCUACAAGAACGUGCGCUGCACCAUCCUGCUGCUGCUGGACUACCAGCCGCUGCAGUUCAAGCUGGACCAGCGGCUGGCGCGGCUGCUGGGCGUGCACACGCAGGCGCGGCCCGUGAUCGUGAACGCGCUGUGGCAGUACGUGAAGACGCACCGGCUGCAGGACGCGCACGAGAGGGAGUUCGUCGUGUGCGACAAGUACCUGGAGCAGAUCUUCGGCUGCGCGCGGCUCAAGCUGGCCGAGGUGCCGGCGCGGCUGGGCGCGCUGCUGCACGCGCCAGACCCCAUCGUCAUCAACCACGUGAUCGCCGUCGAGCCGCCGCACGACGCCAAGCAGACGGCCUGCUACGACAUCGACGUCGAGGUGGACGACACGCUCAAGACGCAGAUGAACAACUUCCUGCUCAGCACGGCCAACCAGCAGGAGAUCCAGGGCCUCGACGCCAAGAUCCACGAGACCGUGGACACCAUCAACCAGCUCAAGACCAACCGCGAGUUCUUCCUCAGCUUCAGCCGCGAGCCGCAGCAGUUCGUGCAGCGCUGGCUGGUCUCGCAGGCGCGCGACCUGAAGGCGCUGGGGGGCGGGGCGGGGGGCGGCGCGGGGGGCGCGGGCAACCCCGAGGAGGAGCGGCGCGGCGCCUUCUUCGCGCAGCCGUGGGCGCCCGAGGCCGUGGCGCGCUACCUGCACGCGCGCCUCGCCGCGCGCCGCCGCGACCUCGACCUGGCCGCGCCCCACGCCCACGCCCACGCCCACGCCCACGCCCACGCGCCCGCCCACGCCCACGCACAGGCCCACGCCCACGCGCACCUCGCGCGCCUC